AUGCCACCUAACUUAGAAGCAGAAGUAGAAGAAGAGGAUGUUCCAGAAAGUGCUGAACAAUUUAUAAUAAAUCUAACACCGAUUUUCCAUGGUAUUUCUUCUUUAUCUAGUAUUCAGGAUACCCGCGAACAUAUAUUGCACAUUAAUGAAGGAAUAUCUUUGGAUAAUCCUGCACAAGUAUCUUUAGAAGCAAAUUUAAGAGAUUUGUUGGUCCAAGUUACCAAUACCGAAGAUCUUGGAACAAUCACUCAAUUGAAACUUAGAAUAAUAUCCAGAGAAACUACGCUCCAAUAUUUGAAUCUCUACACCCCAGCUCUUAGGGAACUCACGCUAGAUGGCAGCUGCGUAUCGUCACUAAGAGAUUUGGGAUACGGUCUGAGAAAUUUGAAAAUUUUAAAGGUUAAUAGGUGUGGUUUGACUUGUAUAGACGGCGUUUUUGGUUUUGAACAAUUACAAGAGUUGUACGUUGCGGAUAAUGAAAUCACCACCUUAGCUCCCUGCGCCUUUCUGAAUAGUAUCAAAGUUUUGGAUGUGAGAAGGAAUAUGAUUUCUUUAGAUGAUAUAAGUUUCAUCAAAUUUUGUGAUAAUAUUGAAGAAUUGUACGUGGAAGGUAAUCCAGGGAUAUUAAUGAAUCAUGCUUUCAGAGAAAUUAUUCAGCACAGACUACCACAACUCUAUAUCUUAGAUGGAUUUACUCUCACAUCACCAGUUAUAGAUAAUCGUAACGCUUUAGACAAUGGCUCAAUCAGAAUUGAUGAAAAUGAGCUCAACACGCGACAACUCAACAAUAAUAGGAGCCAUUCUAAUGAGGAAGAUAGAUCCAAUUUCAGUGUCGAGUUUCCACCAAGGGUUUUUAUACAAUGAUUUUCAUCAAUUUGUGUGAUAACUAUGUGAUCUACAAGAUACGUGGAUGGUCCCGGUAGUUGCUUUAAAAAUACCGCUCAGAGUAGUACCGAUUAGAGAGUAUACAAUCUAUACAGCAUAUUUCUCAAGUUUGAGAACUCCACAUUGUUUAAUAUUUGUUCAGCAGCCAUCAAUUGUGAACGUUUUCAUUGAAUUUGUAAACACAGAAAAAAUUGGUCAUCGUUAUAUGAUACAAUACGUUUAUUUGGAACAUCAUAGCCUAACCAAUAAGAAAUCUGAACUAGAUUCUACUCCUAGUGAAAUUGCUCCUUUGUUAUAUAAGAGUAAAUUAUUGGGUAGCAGAACGAGACCAGCAUCGCAGUGGUUGAACAAAUGAGGUGACGACUCCAGAAAUGUUAAUAAAGAAAAUGCGGUAUUGGAUGAUGGAAUACUGUGUGCAAGAUGAGUGCAAGCAAAAACGGCCGCAUUUGGCUAAUAAGAAAGUGCCUUUUCAUCAAAACAAUGCACCAUCUCAUACAUCUGUUAUUGGAUGAAAAUUGGGUCCAUAAUUUCACAAACAAAAGAACAGUUAAAACAAUGUAGAUACUGGAGAGAGAGAGAGAGCAGGCUCCAAAGAGGGUAAAGACCGUUACAUCUGGAGGCAAGGUCAUGGCGUCGAUUUUUUAGGAUGUGCGAUACCUAUCACCACGUUUGAGGGAAGUAAUCAAGCAAAAACGGCCACAUUUAGGUUAAAAAGAAAGUGUUGUUUCAUCAAGACCAUGCACUAGCAAUGGCAGAUAUUAAUGAUUGCUACCUCAUGCACCCUAUUCGCCAGAUUUGGCUCCUCGAAUGAUGUGCUGAUCCAGACUUGAAAAAUGGCUUGGUCGUCAAUUAUUUUCCAGCAAUGAAGAGGUGAUGUCGGCCGAUAAUGGCUAUUUUGAGGAGCACGACGAUUUUUAUUAUAAAAAGGGUAUCGACGGGAAAAAUGUAGUUAAAGGGAGAUCACGUUGAGAAGUAACUAUAUUUUUUCUCAACAUUAGUGUGUUUUCUUUGUAGCGCCAGAUACUUCUGGGACCAUCCUCGUAUAUAUUGCUCGAUUGUUAUUCUGUUAUUCGUAAUUUCAUUGAAAUAUAGAAUAAAAUUCUAAAAA